GACGUCAACAGCAAUGGCGGAAGGAGAGGAGGCAUCGCCGCCGCCAACGUCGAAUAGCGACAGCUGGGAAAAAGAUCUUGGAGAAGCUUUGGAAACUGGAGGUUGUGAUCUUGAAACUUUGAGGAAUAUAAUCCAAGGGAGACCACUGCCUGCUGAUUUGAGGGCAAAAGUUUGGAAGAUUGCUUUAAAUGUUGCAGGGAAAGGUGACAGUUUAGCAUCUUGGGAUGGUAAUUUGGAUCUGCCAGAACAGACGACAAUUCAUAAGGAUUGCCAAGAACUCAUUGACCAGCUUUCAAAGCCAGAAGAAAAGACCGAUGUAUUACUCUUGAAUAUUGAAUCUGUAAUUACAUUUUAUUGUAAAUCACGGAAUGUCAAAUACAGCACAUCCCUUGGCUGGAUACAUUUGCUUAAGCCACUGGUGAAUCUUCAUCUUACACGCAGUGAUUUAUACAACUGCUUUUAUGCUAUCAUGAAUAAGUACAUUCCCAGGGAUUGUUUUCUGAAAGGGAGACCGUUUCAUCUCUUUCGAUUGCUUAUCCAGUAUCAUGAACCUGAACUGUGUUCCUUUCUUGAUACAAAGAAGAUGACUCCAGACUCCUAUGCACUCAACUGGCUUGGAAGCCUUUUUGCAUGUUUCUGUUCGGUUGAAGUCACUCAGGCAAUAUGGGAUGGAUACCUACAGCAAGCAGAUCCAUUCUUUAUUUAUUUUUUAAUGUUAAUAAUCCUUGUCAAUACAAAAGAUGUUAUUUUAGCACAAGAAUCUGACAGUAAAGAAGAAAUUAUUCAGUUCUUGGAAAAUACUCCUUCCAGUUUGAAUAUAGAAGAUAUUGAAGAUCUGUUUUCUCUGGCACAGUAUUAUUACAGUAAAACUCCAGCUUCAUUUAGAAAGGACAAUCAUAGUUUAUUUGGCAGUCCUUUGCUGGGAAUUAAGGAUGAUGACACAGACCUGAGUCAGGCUCUCUGUCUGGCAAUUUCAGUAUCAGAGAUUCUUCAAGCAAAUCAACAGCAAGGGGAAGGAGUUCGAUUCUUUGUGGUGGAUUGCAGGCCUGCGGAACAGUACAAUGCUGGGCAUUUAUCAACAGCUUUUCACUUAGAUUCAGAUUUGAUGCUUCAGAAUCCAUCAGAAUUUGCACAGUCAGUAAAAUAUUUGCUAGAAGCCCAGAAGCAAUCUAUUGAGUCUGGUUCAGUUGCGGGAGGGGAGCACCUCUGUUUCAUGGGAAGUGGCAGGGAAGAAGAAGACAUGUAUAUGAACAUGGUCCUUGCACACUUUUUACAGAAAAACAAAGAAUAUGUCAGCAUUGCCAGCGGUGGAUUUAUGGCACUCCAGCAGCACUUAGCAGACAUAAAUGUGGAUGGACCAGAAAAUGGAUAUGGCCACUGGAUUGCUAGCACGUCAGGUUCCAGGAGUAGUAUAAAUUCCUCUGUUGAUGGUGAUUCUCCUAAUGGUUCAAAUGAUGGACGAGGAAUGAAAUCAUUGGUAAACAAAAUGACUGUCGCUUUAAAGACAAAAUCUGUGAAUGUCAAAGAAAGAGUUAUCAGUUUUAUUGAGAAUACAUCAACUCCUGUAGACAGAAUGUCUUUCAAUCUUCCUUGGCCAGACAAAACAAGUACAGAGCGACAUGUGAGUAGCAGUGACAGAGUGGGCAAGCCCUACCGUGGUGUGAAGCCUGUAUUCAGCAUUGGGGAUGAAGAAGAAUAUGACACAGAUGAAAUUGAUAGUUCCUCAAUGUCAGAUGAUGAUCGAAAAGAGGUUGUGAACAUUCAGACCUGGAUAAACAAGCCAGACAUUAAGCAUCAUUUUCCUUGCAAUGAAGUAAAAGAAAAUGGACACAUGUUUCCUAGUCAUCUUUUGGUUACUGCAACACAUAUGUACUGUUUAAGGGAAAUUCCUUCACGGAAAGGAUUGGCUUACAUACAGUCUCGGCAAGCACUAAAUUCUGUAGUUAAAAUCACAUCCAAGAAAAAACACCCUGAGCUGAUUACCUUCAAGUAUGGAAACAGUAGUACCUCAGGAAUAGAAAUUUUGGCAGUUGAAAGGUAUUUGAUUCCAAAUGCUGGGGAUGCUACCAAAGCCAUAAAACAACAGAUCAUGAAGGUUCUGGAUGCCUUGGAAAGCUAAUAGCAAAAGACCAGGAGAGGACUGGAAUUCAACCAAUUCGGUGGAUAUGGAGAUUCCAGCUGAUUGAAUAAUGCAACCCUACUGUGAAGUGUAAAAACAUGUUUUCUAAAUCACACCACUUACCUAUGCACAAUUGGGGGACAUAAUGUGAACACUUUAGGAAUGAGCGCUUCAAAAAUACUAAACCUGGUACUAAUAGUUACCACAGGAUAGCUAAGACUAACUUCUAGUCUUAAUGAGGAAAAUGGAAUGGGUAAAAGCGUUGUGAUAAGUGGGUUAAAUUUGAAAUUCAAAUUGAAAAGGAUAAAACUGGAGCAGUGAAAAUGGUCUCCAUCACAAGUGAAUUAUAUGGUUUUGUAUAUUUCAAAACCUGUGUGUUUGAGUGUGCAUUGUUUUACACUCAUUUGAGGUUGUGUUCUGUGAUGAGACUAAAUAAAAGCUACUAAUCAGAGUGCUACAUAGCUGCAAUGCCUGA